GUAACACCGAUAGUUUCACAUGUGUUUCCUAGUGGAUGUUUUGCUCAAUUCAAUUCAAAACACAGCGCAUUUCAAGCUCUUCUUGUGGUUUCCCCUCCACUAGAUUGUCAGAAUGAAGCAAACCGAGCCACAAAAAGACAGAGAGAGCCUCUAUCUGGAGGUGACCGCUGCGAACGGAGCCGUGUCUCUUCCCCUGCACUCCUCCAUCGUCCUCUUCCUACUGUCUUACACAGAGUGCUCGUCUUUCCGCGUCUACCUCGUCUCAGAUCAAGCAGAUCUCCUGCCGUCCCUGUCAGGUCCGGUGCCCGGGGCUCUGGCUGUCUCUGAAGCGAGGAGGGACGAGCUGCCAGGGCUGGUUAGGAUGUGCCGUCUUCCGGCCGCGCUGGAGCCUGGUGCUUGCUUUUGCAGAGCCGGCCUUGCUGUCGUGCUGAGACACAUCAUUCAGAGAGCAUGCCAGCUGAUGCCAGGCCGCAGGGAUGUGGCGUCUCUCUUGGGCUUCAAGAAUACCUGUCUCAAGGCUUGUGCUGAGGUGAGUCAGUGGACUAGACUCUGUGAGCUGGACAUUCCCUCUGCAGUGGAGCAACACUUACAAAACCCCGAAGACCAGAUGUGUCGACUUCCCGCUGCCAUCCUAAACUUAGAAAAGAGGUUAGGGGAGCCCGUCAAGGUCCACAAUGACGACAAGAUACGCCGACAGAAGCUGCAGCAGCAGCAGAAGAAGAAGAAGAGCGAUUCUCAACUAAAAGGCGCUAAUACCGAGACGGAGAGUGAUCCUAACGAAUCCCAUCCAGGCGUCGAGCUCAGUGCUGCUCUGGUGAAGCUCUCUGUAGAUGCAGGUCCUGCUCCCUCCACCAGGCGCUCUGACAUCAGGAAAGUCAAGACCACAGACCUGCCAGAGCUGGAGCACGUGUUUGCAGAAGGGCUCUAUUUCACUCUCACCGAUGUCGUCCUGCUGCCCUGCGUCCAUCAAUACCUGAUCUCCCUCCGAAAGCACUCUCCCUCCACCCUCUCUAAUCUCCCGUUGCUGCUGAGAUGGUACCAGCGUGUACGGGAGCUCCCCAGCGUACUGAGGGCCGCAAGAUGUGGGAUGGCCCUCCUCGGUCUCAGCACGGUUGACCUUUGCCCUGCCCAGCCGGUGGCCCCACGACCCAGUGCAGCGGAGCAGGAGAGCUCGGAAACGAAGCAAGAGCCCUUCGUCGGGGGCCCACGGCCAACUCUCGGCAAACUGCAAGAGAGUGGGAUAGACGCUGUUUAUACCGCUCACCCUUGCCCUUCAUGGACAGUUGAUUGGGAAAGCCUACCGGCAGCUGUCAACCCCACUGAAGGUAAGAUGUCAGACGCCCGCCCGCGCAAACAACAGCAGCUCAACAACCUGGUUGCCAUGGUGAUGGAGCAGGCCCGCCACGGGCACACGGUGGUGGAUUUCUGCAGCGGGGGGGGGCACGUUGGGAUUGUUUUGGCGUACACACUUCCUAAAUGUCAGGUUAUUCUUAUUGAAAAUAAAGAGGAGUCACUGGUCAGGGCCAGAGACCGAAGCGCUCAGCUUGGAUUGACAAACAUUGGCUUCAUCCAGACAAACCUUGACUAUUUCACUGGAAACUUUAACAUUGGGGUGGCCCUGCAUGCGUGCGGCGUAGCGACAGACAUGGUGUUGGAUCGCUGCCUCCAGGCGCGGGCGGGAUUUGUGAUUAGCCCUUGCUGCUACGGCUUCAUUCAAAACACGCUCAAAUUCAACUUUCCCAAGAGUACACAACGACAGUGUAGAUCUGCAAUAAUCCACGUCUGCCCCCCUUCGUCUCUCUUCACAGCAGCGAGGUUUGUGGAGACUUUGAGCUAUAAGGAGCAUAUGAUCCUGUGCAGGUUUGCAGACCAGACGGCUGUCAGUUUACCCCCAGAACGACGAUUAAUCGGGAAGCGCUGUAUGGGACUGGUGGACUUGGACCGCAGUUGGGCCGCCGAGAAUCAUGGGUAUUCAGUGAGGGUGAUGACCAUGGUCCCCGAGGGCUGCUCGCCUAAGAACAAUAUGCUGGUGGGGAAACCGAUAAGAUAACACUGACUCACGACAAAUACCCGCGCCAUGUCAGGACUAUCAAUACCUCCGUGUUUUCUUUCAUGUUACCUUGAACAUUUUAUAUUUGUAAGAAGAGAUAGCUCACCCAAAUAUUACAAUUUGUGCAUCAUUCCGACCUCAUUUAUAGUCACUGUUUUCAAUACAGCAAAAGUGGAUGUUGAUUUAAACUAACACUAAAAUGCUUCCUAUGAGAAAAGUAUAAAGCGCGCUUUGAACAUGGUGCUUUUGUACCAUCUUUCCUUUAAUGCAGAAGCUCUGAGAUUUUUACAUACGACAGAAGAAACUAUGUAAUGCCACCAUUGAAUCACAUUGGUAUUACGACAAGAUUUUAAUAAUUGGGGGAACUAUUCUUUUGAUGUGCGCAGGCACACUUGAUUCGUGCUUGGAUGUAAUUACGCAAUUGGUAUAUUCGUUUUUUAUUUCAGAUUUUUAAAGACUUGACUUCAUGUAAACAAUUAGAGUGCUUUUUAUUUCAGCAGCGUCUUUCACAAAUCUGUACUUUCCUGCUGGAGUUGCGUGCUCAGGGAUUGUUCGUGAAAAAAAAAAAAAAAAAGUAUAGACGAAAAGCUGCACACCUCUCAAUAAAUUAAACAUGAUUUCAAAUGCCAUUUGCAAAU